AUGGUGGGCCUGUUCGCCACGGGUCCCGAGACGGCGGGCCUGCCCGCCAUGGAUCCCGGGAUGGCAGGGAGGCCCGCCACAGGUCCCAGGACGGCAGGGAGUCCUGCCACAGGUCCCGUGACGGCAGGGAGGCUUGCCACGGGUCCCAGGACGGCGAGCCUGCCCCAGGUCCCGGGACGGCGGGGAGGCCAGCCUCAGGUCCUGGGAUGGCGGGGAGGCCCACCACAGGUCCCAGGAUGGCGGGCUUGCGGCCACGGGUCCCGGGAUGGUGGGCCUGCCCACCACGGGUCCCAGGACGGCGGGCCUGCCCACCAUGGGUCCAAGGACGGCGGGGAGCCUGGCAGUAGUCCUGGGACAGUGGGCCUGCCUGCCACAGGUCCCGGGACGGCAGUAAGUCCCACCACAGCUCCCAGGACCUUGAGCCUGCCUACGGGUCCCUGA